AGGGGCUCACAGUUGCAGCAUUUUUAAUAGGUGUUGCUACUCAAUUUACACUUUACUUUCACGUAAAUACUGCUGAGAACUAGCUAUAGAUCUAUCAUGUUCAGUUAGAUAUAGUAGGUAUGGAUUGUGACACGGCAGCAACCAUCAUACAGGCCCAUGUCAGACAAUACCUAGCAAAGAGGAUCUAUUUUCAGAAACUGCUGGAGAAAUCCCAGAAAGAUGAAGCUGUCAGACAUGAAAAGGAGCAACAGCAAGUGUCUGAAGGAGAAACACUGGUAAUAAGGUACAGGCUUCAAAUGGAGAUUGCUGAAUUGGAAACUAUUGCUUUAAACAAACGGAGACGAGAGAAUGCAAUGGCUACUAGAAUACAGAGAGCCUGGAGAGAAUACAGCAGUACCAACCUCAAUUCUGUAUCAUCUAUUCAACACACCACGGAUUUGUUGCAAUACUCUACUCAUUCUAGUUCCUCGGCUAUGGCAAUGAAUGGCAGUCAUGUUCCUACAUCAACAAGGAAUGUUGUACAGGACAAUGAAACUCACGCCAGUCGAGUGGGCCAGUCAGGUGAGUAUCAUAGCUCAGGAAUGGCUAAUGGAGUGAUGCCCAGGAGGCAUGCUUGGGUACCCGGAUCAAAUAGUUAUCAACUGACGUCUAGACAACCACUCAUAAAGAAUUACAUGUCAUCUCAGAGCAAGUACAGACUUUGUUUUACGUCAGAUCUCUCUGAAAGCUCCGGUGAAGAGCAAGAGCUCAGCACCACCUCUCACUCUAAUGAAGAAGUGGAAAACGGCCAUAGAAGCAGGAGUGAAGAAGAUUGGCCGGGAAUUUAUACUCGAAAUGAUGACUUUGUUAUGUCUAUGGAAAGGCGUUUGAAAGAAUUGGUCUCCACUACGGAUGAUUUAAUUUUCUCUGAUGAAUUUGAUGAUGGAAGUUUUCAAAGUAAUUCAGAAAGAGAUAGCUUAUUGGACAGUGCAACGUUAGAAAUAGAAGAUGUAUCAUCAAGACGCUCAAUUUGCUCAUCUCCACUGAGUCAUGGAUUAGUUGCUAAUGAAAUAACACACACCACAUGACCACAGCAAUAGUCCACUACACGCAGUGACUGUCCAGGAGCUCAAAGUAUUCUUGAAGCGAAAGUGAAAGCAAUUUCGAAAGAUCUUACAGCUUAUUUGAUCGUGAAAGAUGACCUGGUUGUAGAAAACAAGUUACUCCACUAAAACGUCGCCCACUUGGCAAGGAACACACAGAGCUUAUACCAGAGGAGUGUGUACCUACUUACUCAUAGCCAACGAUUAGUCUGGCCCCGCCCUCCCUAACUUGUAUUGGCUGGAAUUCGAGACUAGCCAACGAUCAUGUGAUUCAUGUAUAUUUUGAAUGGCAGGUAAUUUGAAACUCUAACCACAUGAUGCUAAAAUGCGAGUCAUUCCAUGAAUUUUAUAAUAAAAAUCAUGAUCACAAUUAAGGCGUGCUCUCUAAAGACUGGGUGGGGUGACUUAAUAUAUUCCAGCUAGGCAGCAGGGAAAAGCAUCUUUUAAGGUUCGAGGCUAGAUCUACUAUGGCGGCUUACAGCUAUAAAGUUGAAAGUGCAAAAGUUCCUGAGGCUGCCUAUGGUAUAAUGUCACAAGGUUUUGUAAUUUCUUUUAGCCAGUUUGUUGUAUUAUAUUGCUGUGCUGAUUAUGUGACCUACAGCCAAUAACAUCCAUCAAAUCCAAUUAUGUGAUUGUACUUUAAAUGACUUAUUGCAUAAAUGUGCAAUACACAUUUUUUCUAAUACCCAUUAUUCAAGUCAUCUCAAAAGUGCAACUUAAAGCUAGGUAGCUUUUUUCUAAUCUGAAAACUAACUUGAACAAGAUUUUCAGCUUCGUGAUCAGCAAUAACACCUUUACAACACACUUAGCUAAUUAAUGCUGGUUGGGUACACUCGAGCACUACUUAACCUCGAGUAUUAUUGCAUCAUCCGAGUGCACACAUUAAAACAUUUAUUGCUAGCUAAGUAUAUAAAUCGGAUGGAGCUAAUGGGAGCAUGUUGAAAUAUACACCCGAGAUUUCUGAAGAGGCUAUCGGAGAAAUUAUCCGGAUGGAGAUGGAUAGGCAAAGUGUACAUAUAACCAAAAUCGAUAGAAAAAUCUUUGAAGUUAAAGGAUUUGCUUGGAUUACAUGUACAAAAAAGCAUCCUGGAAAAAAGUAUGAAAGGAAAAUGGCGUAAGACAUUGGCCUUCAGCUCAUGCCUGGUGUAAAAUUGAUCUCAAGAAGCGAACAAUUUGCUACCGGUAUUUUCAAGGGUGCAAGAAGCAUCGUUUUAAAGAUAGGCCUAAACCUGAAUUUACGGAGAAUGCUAUUGAGAAAAUGGCGAAGUAUGUUGUUACAGUGUUCAAAGUCUGGAAAGGCUUAAUUAAUAAAACACACCUUUACAGUACAGAAACAGGUGAAACUGAUGGAGGCCAUCACGAUGAACAGUUAUGUGUAAAUGUCGAAAUCUGAAAAGGUCAUGCUGGAAAAGAAUAAGCCAUACUAAGUCAAUUUAAAUACAGUGUCAUGUCAUAAUAUAGCUGUAAUAUAUGGAUAGAUCUACAUCUGUUGCUACAUUACAAUACAUGAUUUUUUUUAUUAAGCUGUUAGCUUAGCUCUUCUAGUAAACAUUUACUGUACAUAAUUAUACAAUACUAUUCACACUGCGCAUGCGCAUAAUUAAGUUGAGAGUAAUUAAUUGUAAUCAUACAGCACAUACCGUAUAGCGCGAAAUUUUCGAGGGGCUUAAUUUUCGUGGAUUUCGUGGGUUAGCAAUCCUACACGAAAAUUAAGUCCACGAAAAUCGUUCUUUACCUGCUAUAACGUGCAAGAUUUAAAGGCGUGGCUUCCGGUAAGCAGUCAUUCCGCGAACAUUGUGCAACGGAAUGGCUUUUAGAGGCCAAUCCACGAAAUAUAAGUGCCUCGAAAAUUUCGCGCUAUACGGUAUAUGGUCACUGUUUAUCUUAGGUCCCAGUUAGUCCAUUAUAAGUUGCUAUGGCCUAUGGAGGUGAUUAUGACAGUGAUGACUACCGAUAUGAUCAAGAUUCUUAUGGUGGUUAUGAUGAAGAGGACUAUGACCCCCCUCCUCCUUCAGACAAUGAUGAUGAUUACCAGGAGGAGGAUGAUGAUGACCUUGAUGUAGACAGACGUUCUAAGUAUGCACCUGAGAUUUCACCAGCUGCUAUUCGAGCAAUAAUUCUGAAGGAAUUGGCCAUGCAUGGAGUAAACACAGAAUUCGACAUUCCAGAUGAAGGACACUUCACAUAUCCUGAAAAUCAUGAAGGCAGCUUGAGAUAUUUCGAAUCCAAAGGAUUUGCUUGGUUUACAUGUAAAAAGCAACACAAACCAAACAACAAAAUUAGGCGCUGGCCUUCAGCUCACUCUUGGUGCUUCAUCGAUCUCAAAAAACAAGAGAUUUGCUAUCGAUAUGAGCAAGAGUGUAACACUCACAACACUGUAGCUCAACCUGGACCAGAAUUCACAGAAGAAGCAAUCCAAAAGAUGGCCAAAUGGGUGGUUAAGGGAUUUUUGAUCAAGACUCGGAGGAUACAGCACGUUCCGCGAGUCAGCACGGACACGGAUCAAACUGAAGGUGGACCACAUGAUGAAGGGAGGUGUGGAAAGUGUAAGCAAUUGGGAAGAAGUUGCUGGAAAAAGUAGUUAACAAUAGAAUCUUGACGGUUGCACAUUAGUUGAAAUUAUCUUUCUUUACCUUAAUAAUAGUUUUGUAGUGCACAUGUGCAUGCUUCUCAUUAAUUUGUUAUGGCAUCAUUCAA